AUGACUCUCCUUCGAACAUUUUUUUGCUUGAUUGCGGCAGUAGCUGCUGUGCCUGCCCCUCAGGCGGACUCGAACACAACGAGCCCGUCUGGGGCUUCUUCGGCUGCUGCUUCUGUUUGCAGUGGAAACACUGCAGAUGAUAGAAGUGUUUGGUGCGAUUACAGCAUUGACACUAACUACUACAACGAGGUUCCUGAUACUGGCGUCACCGUGGAGUACUGGUUCGAUGUUCAGAACGUAACGCUCGCGCCUGACGGCGUUGAGCGCAUUGUCCUCGCCGUCAAUGGAACAGUUCCAGGACCCACCAUUGAAGCCAAUUGGGGAGACACCGUCAAAAUCCACGUCACGAACAGCCUCACGGCUAACGGGACUGGAAUACACUGGCACGGCAUCCGCCAGAACUGGACUAAUCAAGACGACGGCGUACCUUCAAUCACUCAAUGCCCCAUCGCUCCUGGCGAGUCCUACACCUACACCUGGCGCGCCACCCAAUACGGCACCUCCUGGUACCACUCGCACUACUCCUUGCAAGCGUGGGAGGGCGUCUUCGGCCCCAUCGUCAUCCACGGCCCCGCCACUGCCAACUACGACGAAGAACUUGACACCAUCAUGCUCACAGACUGGUCCCACGAAACCGCCGACUCGCUCUACAGCUACGCACAAACCGUCGGCCCACCCCCCAUGGAAAACGCACUCAUCAAUGGCAAGAACACGUACAACGGCGGUGGCUCACGCUACGAGGCCACCUUCCAAUCCGGCACGAGCUAUCGUCUCAGGAUCAUCAACAGCGCGAUUGAUUCGCACUUUAAGUUUGCUAUUGAUAACCAUACUAUGACCGUCAUUGCGAGUGAUUUCGUGCCUGUGGAGCCGUUUGAGGUCGAGUAUUUGGAUAUUACUAUGGGCCAACGUUACGAUGUUAUCGUUACCGCCGACCAAGAAGCAACCGACUACUGGAUGCGCGCCAUCCCACAACUGGCCUGCUCCAACAACGAAAAUCCAGACGACGUCCGCGGCAUUGUCCGGUACGGCGCGUCCACAGCGGACCCCACAUCCAUCGCCUAUGCCGCCCUCGACAACGAUACCUGCGUCGAUGUCGCCUACUCCAAUCUCGUCCCGCACGUGUCUUCCUCCCCAGUAGACCCCACCGCCGACUCGGACCUCGACGUCACCAUCGUCGCCCAGGGCAACCUGUUCAAGUGGCAAAUCGGGCUCACUCCCAUGGCCGUCGAGUGGGCGGAGCCGUCAGUGCUGACGGUAUAUAAUUCGAACGGCACCUCGAGCUUUGAAGACGAUGAUGUGGUGUAUGAGCUGCCGAAUGCGAAUGAGUGGGUGUACUUCGUCAUCUCAACAGCGCUCGCGGUGCCGCAUCCAAUUCAUCUUCACGGGCACGACUUUUAUAUCCUAGCGCAGCAGGACAACGCGGUGUUUGACUCUUCGGUCUCACUGAAUCUCGAUAAUCCUCCACGGAGGGAUGUAGCUAACCUGCCGGUGGGCGGGUACUUGGUUAUCGCUUUCCUGACGGAUAACCCUGGAGCAUGGUUGAUGCACUGCCACAUCGGCUGGCACACCUCCGAAGGCCUCGCGCUGCAGUUCGUCGAGCGGCAGUCCGAAAUAUCUGCCCUACUCAACUCCACCACCCUGCAAGAUACAUGCUCCGCCUGGAACACCUGGGCGGAAUCGACCGGCAUCGAAGAGGAGGAUUCCGGCGUAUAG